AUGAAGGCCUUUCUAGUUGUAGCCGCCACUUUGGUGACUAGCUCUAUCGCUGCUCCCACCACUGGCAAGUUCCUUGCCGGCCGUGAGUCCCAUCUCUUCGAUGCUGGUGCUGGAGAGGGAACAUUCAACGCUCUCUCAGUCGAUCUCGAAGGCUACAUCGGCAACCCCGAGGCUCAAAAGGCAACAACCAACGUCAAACGAUCCAAGCACAAUAAUGACAAGGCUCUCACCAAGACUUACAUGGUUUCACGGAAGAAGAGCUCGAGAAAAUCGCACAAGAAACACCCGAAGCGAUUGGUAAAGCUCAAGCUUUCCACUACAGGCUUCAAGAGUGGUCAAGAUAUUAUCGAUGACUUGGAUAGCACUCUUGACCAAGUGACUGUUCACACAGAUAAAAUUGAUAGUGUUCUUGCCCAGGUCGAUGCCGGAAAGCUCUCAAAGAAAAAGGGAACUACCGAUAUCGUCAAAGAAAUCUCCAGCAUCCGCACCAUCCUAUCCGCCCCGUUGAGCCGCCUCUCAGCUACGCGCAACACCAAAGCUCUCAGCUUGACCGAUAGCGAGCGUCGAACCAUCAUUGAGGAAAUCGAUGAACUCGUCACCGAACUGCUGAGAACUCUUGAAGAAAUUGUUCGUUCCUUGGGUGCCAGCCUCAAUUUGAACGCAUCUUUGAACCCCAUGAUGAACGUCCUUACGAGCUUUUUGGGUGGCAUGGCAACCGCUGAUAAGGGACUAGCCACUAAGUUGCAAGACCUGGUGAGCCUUAUCAUCAGAGAUCAGGCUGCGGACACUAACGGGAGGGGAAUUUCGCUUCUUUUGAGUGGGUUUGAGAAUUCGUUGCUCCGUCUGCAUGGUAACCUGAAGGCAACUGGAACCUCCAACUGA